AUGUCUGAUUACUUCCCGACCUCCUACCAUGUCAGAUUACACUUCUCAGACGACUUUUCCGAGCCCGACGCCCUCAGCUCCAGCCCUGGAGUCAGCCGGCCAUCAACACCUACUCAAGACGAUAAUCUCGCCAGUGAAAUGGAUAUGAUAGAGUUCCAGGACCUUCCGGAACUCCCUGAAGACUUGGGAGAUGAUUUCGAGUAUAUUCCGCCACACGAAGUUCACAAGCGACAGUCGCCACUUAGCACGACACAGAAAGUAAAGCUCAUCUGUUCUUACAUCUCGCAAAUACCACGGUUUUCGCUCGGCACCUUCCUUCGUGAACUUUUCGCAUCCACAGACCCUUCUGUAACUGCCUAUAGCCAUCGCUUUCUCUCUGGUUUGGGACACAUACCAGUAAUGGAGCUCAUGGUGAAGGGUUGUAAUCCGGAACGUGAAUCCAAAGUCCGUGACUCCCUGAAGCAAGCCCGUCAAGCCUCGAGGGCCUGGAUUAUCCAGAGCGCCGCUGAAAUCUGUGCUAAAGAAGCUAGCCACCUCACAGAUAACGCCUUUCACGGCCCUUUUCAAGAAGAGGCUAGGUUUCUGCGCGUUUCAGCUCAUGACAUCGGGAUUCAACAUCCAAAAGGCUUCAGCCUCUCAAGGCUCCUGGAGAUUUACAGACGGACAUUGCCGCACCUGCAAACAAUCCUUGAGGCGAUAAUUUCAAAGGAGACGAAGAUUAUGAAGCCUGGUACCCGUGACCCCGACCAUGGACGAACUCUCCUGACAUCCAUGCUUCUAAACCUCAGAAGCAGGCGCACCAACUAUCAUGCCGCGAUGAAUUCUCUUAUUUUAUGGGAUAAUCGUGUUCCUAAACGGUUGACAAGUGCCCUGAAUAAACUGGGAAUUACCACUUCAUACGCUUUCCAAUGUCGCGCGAUUCUGUCUCUCAGUAAAGCAGCAGUACGCGAAGUCCGAAGAGUCGCAAAUGACCCGUCGAAAAUCACUGUUCUCCCCUAUGACAACUUCAAUUGGGUUCAGAACUCACCAGAAUCGACUACCCUUCAUCAUUCCGUGCAACACGACCAGGUUUCUGCGCUACUUAUUGUUGUUCCGACGGAAGGCACCGAAUUGGAGGGAAAGUCUGCGCAUGACAUUCUCAACCUCAAAGAUUUCGAGGCUACGAAACGCAUGCGACAUGAACUCCCAGCUCAUAAGUCACUUUCGGACAUACUGCCGUCCCUUGACGAUCAUCACACUUUUCGCCAGAACGCUAUCAUCCAUGUUGCCCGCAUAUUGACUGAAGAGAUUCCCUCCUACAAUUACCUCCAAUCCGCACUUCCCCGCCUAAGUGACCCCAAGGCAAUCCCGACGAGAAAAACAGAGGAAUACUACCUGCCUACAUUCGAUCAGGAGCAAGGAUCGACUCGAGGCAAUAUGGUGGUACUCGAACAUUACUUUCAAAAUGUUCUUCAAGUCCCUGUCCAGAAAUUCGAAAAUUACAUGCAGCUUCUCCUCGGCGAUCGUCUUACCACUGCUCGGGACCGUGCAGCUCAAGAUCAGCGCCAACCAGAUACUUCCCCGCACAAAUUCGACCAUCUUUCCUCAUUUGCUAUGCUCAGCGGCCUUAUGCAUUUCGUCAUGAACUUCAUGCAAGCAGUUGGAGGUACCUUCUGGGGAAAUCCAGACCCCUCUGAUCCUCUAAGUCUUGUUAAUUUACGAGACCACAUCAACCGACAAACGAUCAACCUCCGAAAGCUCGAUUACUACGGGUGGAUUCGAUUCCUUGACGCCAUACUACGUGCCCUUAUACAUCACGCAUCGGACGUGCUCAAGGAUUCAGGGCCAUGCACGGACAUCCAAUCUGUGGAUGAUCUUAUUCAUCACGCAACAGAGAUUGUGGAUAACUUUGCUGUUCAGAGCAUCAGUCGCCUCGAAGCCACCAAGGUUAAGGUUCUCCCAGGAAAUACCACAACAUCCAAUGCUAUCAUAUUAUUCCACCACCUCCUCCUACUUCACGAAAUGCAAAGUGCAAUCAAGCUUGGCCACCCGGGGCGGAUCACACGGAUGCUCAAGUUCUGGUGUCCGAUUUUCUAUGCUGCUGGAAGCUUCAACUACGCCAAUGAAACAAUGGAAUUACUGCACAACCUCAUACAUGACUGGCCUAAAGACUUUGCAACACUGGCUACACAUGGAAUGCUCGUAAAUCCAAGGGGAAGGGAUGGUGACUGGAAACCAACAGAUAUCUCCAACGAACAUUACAACGACCAUAUCAAAGAGCGUGCACAUGGCCCCAACUCCAGCCCCGAGCUCCUUGAAAAAGUAACUCCAGCAAUGGGACAUAUCAUGGAACUCACGAUCGGACUCUUCGAGGAACUUGGGGUUGAGCAACAGAAUCAAAAACAUAGCCACGUCUCGCAGUCAAAUGAUAUACGGUUGCUCCGGGAAUACCUCGAGUCUCGACAUGUAUUCAAGUGGGAUCGGGAUACACCAUCGACGGGGAACUUUAUCAACUUGUUUACCGAGGGCCAGAAACGCUUAUCAGGGCCUACUGGCGGGCAUGCGAAGCACUUGGCUCGCCACACGCUCCGACAUCGUUCCCGACACUCAAUAGUAGAAGAGAGCUGCACGCAGCCGGACAUCUACCAAGAGUUAGAGAUUGCCAAAGAUGCUACUAUUACCCCAGCGUCCACCCACCUCAGAAGUACAGUGCUAGAAUAUCAACUGGAUAUACAAGACAUAGUUACAGUAGGAGAGGAGUAUAACGAAGGAGAGGAUGUAUAA